GUCGGUUUCAACUUUUAACCCAUUUGGCUUCUAUAUUUUUUUCCUAGUCGCGUUGGAUCCGCGUGACUCUUUGCUAUAAAAGGCAAAGCUUGCGGUAUCAUCGCCACCAAAAACACUACCAUCGUCUCUAACGCCAAAAGAUCACCGAAGGGACCUUUCACUCUUUCAGUGUUCUCACUGUGCGCAUCUGCGUUUCUAGAUCCACAACGUGCUCCCGCUGUUCCGUUUAGCUCUCAGCGCUUGCUUUUGCUAACGUGAUCGGCGGACAUGGCGGAUCAAGAGCAUCAUCACCACCACGGGGAGGGGAGCGCCGCUGAGGAGGGCGCGGUGGAGGCCAAGGAUCGGGGAUUGUUUGAUUUCUUGGGGAAGAAGGAAGAGAAGAAGCCCCAAGAGGAAGCGAUCGCGACGGAGUUCCAUCAGAAAGUGAAGAUCGAAGAGGAGGAGAAGCCCAAGGAGGAGGAGGAGGAGAAGAAGAAGCACGGCAGCCUCCUUGAGAAGCUCCACCGAUCUGAUAGCAGCUCUAGCUCUUCGAGCGAGGAAGAGGAGGAAGGAGAGGGAGGGGAGAAGAUCAAGAAGAAGAAGAAGAAGGGGUUGAAGGAGAAGAUCAAGGACAAGAUCCCAGGGGAUCAUAAGGAAGAAGAGAAGCCGGCGAAGCACGCGGACACGACCGUCCCGGUGGAAAAGUACGAGGAAGCGGCGCCGGCUCCCGCCGCGGCAGAGACGGAAGAGAAGAAAGGCUUCCUGGAUAAAAUCAAGGAGAAGCUCCCAGGCGGCCACAAGAAGCCGGAAGAGCAGGUGGCUUCGCCGCCGCCGCCGUCGGAGAGCAUUCCGGUGGAGCACCACGGCCACGAAGGGGAGGCCAAGGAGAAGAAGGGCAUACUGGAGAAGAUCAAGGAGAAGCUGCCCGGGUACCACCCCAAGAGCGGCGAAGAGGAGGAGAAGAAAGAAACUGGUGAACCCCAUUAAAGGGAGAAGAAAGCAAAGCAAUUUGAGUUUUUGAGAAUGGUGGCUGUAUUAAAUUAGCUGUUUGGUUUAUUUCAAGAAGCUGGUGAUGUUUGAUGUAUCUGAUGAUGAUGAUGAUGUGGCUUUAUUUAGUUUCUGCCUUUUUAUUUUUUCUUUUUUUUUUUUUAUUUUUUUUUUAAAAAGGGUUUAUGAAUACUUUGUGUUUGCUUACAAGUAAGUAUAUUUAAAGGGUGAUGUUGUGUUGAUUUUAAUUUGUGAAUUGAAUUUAUGUUACUCUUCAUGAA